AUGCCCCAAGAUCCCUAUUUUCCGAACUCCGCUGCCCUGGUGUCGGGCCUGAGACGGCAUGUGCUAGACAAGGGAGAAGUCAACUUUCCACCCUCGAUCGUGGGGAUGGUUUGUGUAUUUGCUAUUUUCUGGGCACUUGACUGGGUCGUGUCAGGAAUGAACGAGUUCUACCAACAAAACCUGAAGCCUGCGGCGGACUUGCUGAACCGUCAUAUGUCCAUUGGGUUCACAGUACCCUUCAUUAUGAUAUGCCGGAGCCCGUUCUCUGAUGCCCGCACGGUCGGAAUGGUCAUCGUAUGCUUCAUUCUAACCGGAGUCGUCAACACUUUAUCCACCUACGCCCUUGCGUUCCCUCUCCAGUGGCUGAUGGUUCGUUGGAGUAGAGACUCACGGUCUCGUAGGACACCGUCAGAUACUGAAUCGCCUUGCGAGGAUAAAACGGCCCAAUUUGGAACGUCUUCCCUGUCCUCUCGCGAGGACUUCCCAGGGGAUACCUCCCGCGCGACCAGCACUCAUCUCCCCGGGGAUAUACUCCCUUCCGAAGGGUUCAAGUCACCUUCGCCGACCGCAAAAACAACUCCCGAUCACGACAAACCCCCCAUCAAGCCUCGCCUGCUCGCCUGGACGCUCCGCAACUUGACGCUCCUCUUCUCCUGGCUGAUCACGCUCACCACCGGCCUGCCGCUGCGCUACUGCACGCAGAAUGACACUUUCCUCGCAACACAGCUCCUCUUCUCGCUCUGGCUGUCCACCCUAGCCGUCCAAGAGGGCAUCAAAUGCACCCCUUUCCUCGGCCCGAAGCCACGCACUCUCCUUUCCGGACUCCUCAACCCGGUCCUGUGCACCUCUCUCCUCAUGAUCAGCUAUCUCGUCCUGGACGGCGUCCUAAGUGACCGUCCGCUGCAGACGAUGCUCGACACGCUCUCCACCGUCACCGUCACCACCGCGCCUCAUGCUUCAAACCCGCCUCCUCCAUCCCCUUCCCCUUCCCCUCCUUCUCCUCCGACAACACUACUACCAACAGCCGGACAGAUCGCCACGAGCGUUCUCAACGCGGGCCUAGUCGCUUGGGGUUUGAAACUGUACGAGUACCGCCGCGUGGCUCUGUUUGCACGGGGCGGGGCGACCGUCGCGGCCGUGUCGGCGCUGCUGGCGCUGGGCAACCUCGCUUGCGGCCCCGCCGUCGCCCGCGCGGUGUUCGGCGUGUCCCCUCCCCCGCGCGCGCUGGCCUUUGCCGCCCGCAGCGUCACACUUGCACUCGCCGACCCCGUCAUGGCUUCCCUGGGCGGCGACGCGGGGCUCAACGCGGCCAUGGUGGUUGUCAGCGGGAUUUUGUGGCAGAUUGGGUUGGGGUUGGGGUUUGUAGAGAGGCUUGUGGUGGGUGCUGCGGGGAAAAGGAUGUGGACGGCGCGCAUCUCCGAUGUGAAAGUGACGAUGACGCGGGAGCAGUGGUGGGAUUGUCGUCGCGCGAAUGAUCCGCACACUGUCGCGGCCGGAGUCACGGUCGGUAUCAACGCCGCCGCGAUGGGUACAGCCUACCUCUAUGAGGCACAGAGUGACGCGGCGCCGUACGCGGCGUUAUCCAUGAUGGCACUGGGUGUCAUGACGGUGGGGUUUUCGGCGAUCCCGCCGCUCACACGGUGGGUUGUUCAGAGUGUCUCUGCUUGA